AUGGCGACGUACUAUUUGAGUGUCAUCACAACAGCCUUACUUCACUUUACCAAACUUUCCCAUGGUUUUGAUGUACCUUGCACACAGAAAUUGAUUGGUAGUAAGUGCUUAUUUGAUGAAGAUUGUUAUGGUAUGAAUAGUGUUUGCCGGGAACAGCGAUGUACAUGUCCAACAAAUUUCGAGGAAUUUGAUAUUGAUGGACAGACGACUAUAUGUAGAUUAGCACCGAAUAAAAUUGGUGACAGCUGUCAGCGAGAUUGCAAACCACCGCUUCUUUGUCGAGAUGGGAAAUGUGAAUGUUGGGGUGGGAGUAUUAUAAACGGAAAAUGUGUUGUAUCUUGCCCAUCAGGGCAGCAGUUAUACGGAGUGGAAUGUCAGAAAAUAGCACAUUGGGGACAAAGUUGCGAAAAGGACAAUCAGUGUGUUGAUGUCUUCAAUGCAUGUAUCGCUGGAGUAUGUCAAUGUGCGCCCGGUACUACACGUGAUGUAACCAAACAGCGAUGUUUUGCGUUAUGUCCGGAUGGAACAGAACCUCAGCAAGCUUGUCGACGUCUUUUUAUCAAUGAUAUUGAUAUGCUCGAAAAUGCUGCAUCAACAGAUAGCUGUCCUUUGGGUUAUCGAUGCGUAGUGUACGGCAGUCCGUACGUCGGACAUUGCUGCAAAUUGAAAUGUCCUUAUGGAGAACCUGAUCUAAUGCAAUCAUGCGAUAUGGGCGUCUCCGAGAAACAUCGAUGUCGACCACUUACACAUCAUUGUUACACAAUCUCAGAGCCUGGCUGGAAAACGAGUUUAUGUUGUCCUAAACCAUGUCGUGAUCCCACUCCGCUUUAUAUUAAUAAUCAAUGUUUAAGCAUAGCGCAUAGAGAGGAUCCUUGUCAGCUUCAUCAACAGUGUGAAGGUGGUGUAACUAUGCAUUGUAUCUUAGGAUUUUGUCAGUGCAAAGAUGGCUUUCAUCCUAGUAAUGAUGGUCGAUUUGCAACGUGCGAGAAAAGUUGUGGAAUCGAUGAAGUCUCUGUCAUGGAUAAAUGUGUACGGCGAGUACAUCUAACUGAAAGAUGUGUGACCAGCAAGCAAUGUCCAAAUUUCUCAGAAUGUCGCUUUGGUACUUGUCAAUGUUUAUGCGGCUAUAAGCAGGAUUCCUUGAUCGGAUCACGUUGCACUAAUCCAGAUGAUCCGUUCAGUUUAAAUGCAAUUUUGACGGGUGUUGAACAAGUAUUUGGCGGCAAUGCACGUAAUCCAUAA